AUGAAUGAUUGUGAUCCAGAUGCUCCUUGUGAAGGACGUCUUGGAUCUAUUAUGUUAAAUAAAUGGGAUUAUAUGGCUAAAAAAGAUACAAAAAUGAAAUUUAUACCGAAGUUUGUUUCUAAAAGAGAAAAUGAAGGAGGGAAGGACUUAUCAGAUAUAGAUAUAAAGAAGGAAGAAUUACCCUUAUUUAAUCAAUCCGAGGAAGGAAAGAUGAUGUUGGACGUCAAGCAAGUAGAAAACGAAAUGGUUGAAAUAAAGGAGGAAGAGUCAAAAAAUGAUAUUUAUGAAUGUUUAUCAUUAACAGGCUAUUCAGUAUCUGCUAUAGGGUCUCAAGAAGAAAAGAAUAUUAUAAGGGAAGAACUAUAUCUAGGCCAAGAAAAAGAAUUUUUUGAAAGUGAUGAUGAAGGUGUUUUUAAAUUAAAUAUGGAAAAAUUAAAUAUAUUGACAAAUAAUGGUCUAAAUAAUAUGAUGUUGCCUGUAUCUUCUUUUUAUAUGGAUUAUAAAGAAAGUUUUGUGAAUUUAGAAGGGAGAGAUUCAGAUAAAUUGUUAAAGGAAAAAAAUAAAAUUGAAGCCCAAUUAGUUUUAAAUGAUAAAUCAAAUGAAGCUGACUUUAAAGCUAUUGAGAAUGAUUCUUUGACUUUUGAAAUUCAAGAAAGUGUUUCUAAAUCUACAUCAUCGCAUUUUUUAAAUAAAAAAACGAAAAAAAAGUAUAAUAGAGCUUUAUCAGUGGAAGAAGAGCAAGAAAGAGAAAAAGUUUUGGAUGAUUUUAAGAUAUUUACGCGUUAUUUUAUUGAUAAACUAGCUGGUGAUAUGAAAAAUUCAGAUGAAUUGCUUUUUUUUCAGUUUCCACCUAUAUUACCAGCAUUAUUAAAAACUGAAGAUACGAAAGUUGAAGUUCCAAAAAUUAAGAUUGAAAAUAAUGAUAUUAUGAAUGUUGAUUCUGAACAAAAUAUUCCUCAUAAAACUAUAUUGCUAGAUCAUACUGUUUUGCAUGGUGAUGAGUUAUCAGGAAUGUCCUCAUUACCUGAUUCUCAGGAGUUUGAUACAUUUAAACAGUAUCUUCCUGAUGGAUGUGUUGGACAACUAAAAAUUCGAAAAUCAGGAAAAACAACAAUAUUAUGGGGAGGUAUUGAAAUGAAUGUCAGUUUAGGGAGUAAUUGCAGAUUUUUACAGGAUAUAGUUGCUCUGGAUUAUAAAAAUAAUAAAAAGGCAUGGUUAAUGGGUAAAAUAAAACAGAAAUUUAUAGUAACGCCUGAUAUAGAACAAUUGUUAGAGUAG